AAUAGUGCAGAAGCCCGAGCCGCACAGAAGGGCUGCGGCGGCGCACGGAGUUGGACGGUAAGGACCCUGCUCCCCGCUCUCCGACCUGUUUGUGCCUUGGUCCGCGGUCUUAGCGCUCGGAGUUCGCGUUCCCUCUGACUCCCCGGCGGAUGGACGGAAGCGAGACGCUUUCGGGACCGCGGCCACUUGAGCGGCGGAUGGAGUUCCCAACGUCGGAGGCUGGGCUUGGGACCGACUCCCCUAGGCGCUGAGUCCGGCAGACCCACAGCUGUGGUCCUCCGACCAUCACUGCGUGGGCGGGAACCCAGGGCGAGGGAAACACACGGCUCCUCCCAGCCCGACUUAGCCACCCCGCCUCUGGCUGGUGCCUGACCUGCACCGUGGAGCGGCUGCCGGGCUUUGGACACUGGGGUGCUUCGGAAGCGGGCGGGACGCUCUGCCCGGGUGUUUGCGUCUGCACGUGCGUUUUCCCGCCGCUGAUCUCCGGGAAGCCUCCCUACGCCGAGUUAACGAAACACAUCUAAGACAACGAAGUUAACAAAACGGGAUCCGGAACAGGUCGUUUUUCUUUCAUUGAACUGCGUUAAGGGCACUAUGAACCAAGAGGAGCACUUUGUAAACAUUGAUCUGAAUGAUGACAACAUUUGCAGUGUUUGUAAACUGGGAACAGACAAAGAGACACUCUCCUUCUGCCACGUUUGUUUUGAGCUAAGUAUUGAGGGAGUGCCAAAAUCUAAUCUCUUGCACACAACAUCAUUAAGGGGCCAUAAAGACUGCUUUGAAAAAUACCAUUUGAUUGCAAACCAGGAUUGUCCUCGAUCUAAGCUUUCAAAAAGUACUUAUUACGAAGAAGUUAAAACCAUUUUGAGUAAGAAGAUAAACUGGAUUGUACAGUAUGCACAAAAUAAGGAUGUAGACUCAGAUUCUGAAUGUUCUAAAAAUCCCCAGGAUCACCUGUUCAAUUUUCAGCAUAAGCCAGAUAAAAAGUUGCUGCCGUGGUGUGAGUCCCAAGUACCAAAGUAUUCUGCUAAGUGGAUAGAUGGGGGUACAGCCGGCCUCUCAGACUGCACACAAAGCAUCCUGGAGCAGAGGGACAGUACAGACUUUGGGCUGGCUGUGUUACAGGACGCAGGUGUCACUUUAUGCCCCAGUCGUGGACUGUGGUCUCACAGUCAAAACCAGGCACAGAAAAAAGAAGAGACCAUCUCUGAUGGUCAUCAAGAGGCAAAUGUCCAGACCCAGCAUCCUCAUUACAGCAGAGAGGAAUUGAAUUCGAUGACUUUUGGUGAGGUAAAGCAACUGAAUGCAAAGCUCCAACAGCAAAUACAGGAAGUUUCUGAAAAGUUAACACACCACCUGCAAGAAAAGGAUUCUUUAGCCUCAGAGCUCCACGUCCGCCACGUCGCCAUCGGGCAGCUUCUCAAGAACUAUUCCAAGUUACCAUGUCUGCAAGUGGGACGAACAGGAAUGAAGCCGCACCUGCCCGUAAACAACUGAGCUGCACCGAACACUUACUUCCUGCGCACUACCACUUGUUGGUCUGCCAGCCAUGCGGACUCUGAACAAUCUGCAGAAAGUCGUGGUUCACUUUGUGAUGCUCAUUAAAUUUACCAGGCUUAAAGGCAGUAUUUAUCUUUGUCACGUAAAACCGAUCAUUGCACUGUAGGCUUGUAGGGUUGAUCAUCUUGGCCUGUUUGGGAAUCUUUUUUCCCAUAAUUACUAAAUGGUCCUUCCUAAUUUUUACGACGUGUGACUAUUUAAAUAUACUGUUAUGGUGUGAUUUUGUUAAACACAGUUUAAUGUAAUUCACCUUUUAAAACAAUAGAAGUUUAACAAACUUCUUAGGUUAGUCUGAACUACUAACGAUAAAAAUGAAAGAAGGAAGUGAAAUUCAUAAUAUCACCUUAUUUAUUAUGAGCAAUAUUUUAAUACGAAAAUUUUAUAUAUAAAAAUGCUAUUUUAGGUACCUUUCCAUUCUCUUUAUAAAUGUGUAUUUGAAUGGCUCUGUAUAUUAUAUUUACACUUUCAUGUGUGACUGUUACCCAUAUUUCAGAACACUGCAUUUUAUUCUCUUAAUACACUGCUUUUACAACUGUUACCUUAUUUUCCAAAGAUAAAUGUAUUUUGGAGUAGAAAUCUAUCUAGUUGAAUUGUUUGACUUCUAACAACCCUUAUGAAAGAGGAAUUAAUAACUUUUUAAAGCAAAUAUACAAGAAAAUAAACUAUAUAAUUGUUUUCUAACUAAAGCAGUUUUGAGUUUAUUCCGGAAGAAAAUGCUAAUCUAGCUUUUGUCAGUCAGUUUGUCUCCACAGAAGUAAAAGCCUCUUUUAUUUCAUUAUUACUUUCAUCCCAUUUUGAUGUGUUAGAAUUGGGACAGAGUAAGUCAGGGCUCACUUGCAAGUCAAAUGUCAUAUCUAUCUUCAAACUGGAUGCACUGUGAAAUAAUUGUCCUAUCUUGGAAAAAGUUAAAAUUAUUCUGUUGCCACUUUGGAUAAAUGUUCAAGAACCCUUGAACUGUCCAAGUUAUAAAGCAACAUCAUUGAAAUUAGUCUUGAACACAAACUAGUAGAAAACGACUUUCUGGAUUACUAAAAUAGGUUCAGUUUGCCCAAGAGUAUUACUUGACAUCUCAUUCCUCUUCGAAGGACGACAUGACUGCUGUUUGGAGGGAGCCUUUGACAGGUACUUUCAGUUUCUCUCAGUGCUUUGAGCCAUCCACAGUGCAUGUAAAAUCCAGGAGCGGGGAUGCAUUGCCUUAGUGUUUGAUAAGCUUUAAAUUGAAUGUGUGCAAUAUCGAAAUCCGUAAAUUUACAAGUUAAUAAAGAUUUUUCUAGAUGAUGCCAGUAAGGAGCUUAGUGCUUAGUUGUUACAGUCACAUUUUCCAGUCUGACUUUACUCUUUUUUGGCAUAACUCGUUAAGGAUGUUACCAGCCAGUGCUCGCACACACCGGUGCUUCUAGUUAGAUCACUUUGGGACCCUUCAACCUUCGGGAUGUGUUGCACUCGAUACCAGUAGUAGCACAUUUCCAGCACGUGAGCCAUAUGGUGCAGCCCUGAGGGAACAACAGUGUUAGCCAAAGAAAGCGAGUGCUUAUUUCUGAAAGAACUCUGGCAGAUACGUAGCUUUACUAAUGAGUUAGGGAAAAUUCGAUGGGAUUAUGCUUCUACCAAGCUCUUAAUCAGGGACUCCGAGUUACUCCAUUUAGAUAUUUCUCCUUAAGCUCUUCAAAGGAAAGAUGCUCUUAAAAAAUACCUGUGGUGCUGGUACUCACACUAGUACUUUAUUUGGCUAAAUAAAAAAGUUGUUAGUGUAUUUUGCACAGUGGUUUAUUCAGAUAUUUGAUAAGCAUUUUAUACAUUGUUGUUUAAUGCUUUAUAAGCAUUAAAUCCAUUGUUGUGGUUUUUUUUAUUUAUUGAUUUUAGGGAAGUAUCAAUUUGUUGUUACACUUAUUUAUGCAUUCACUGAUUGAUUCUUGUGUGUGCCGUGAUGGGUUUGAACCCACAACCAUGGCACAGUGGGACAGCGCUUUAACCAACUGAGCUACCCAGCCAGGGCCCCGCUGUUAGUUUUCUUGAUUGAAUAUGAAAUUAUUGUAUAUGCUAAAAGAAAGCUAAGGGACAGAGUUGAAUUCUACCUUGAGAGAAUAUAAAAUACCACAGAUACUGGUUACCAUACUUGGCUAUUCUGUACAUUUAGUACUUUUUGCGGAAGUUUGGAAGAAAACCUUAUCUAUACCUUCAGUUUAAAAAAUGACGAGAGAGAUUGCAAAUUAUCUGUUAUUAUUUCAGAGCCUAUAUGGUUAAGGGGAAUGAAGUCAGUUAUUUUUUUCAUGUUAGAUUUCAUAAUUAGACAAGUUGAAUUGAGUUUUUAAAAAGGUCAGUUUGCAGUCAGAAGGGAUUUUGACACCACCCAGGAUUGUUCUCAAAGUUUUCAGAUCUGCUCGGCCGUUUAUCAUCCUUUGAUCCCAGUAUUUAAUGUCCUGAAUUUCUUAGUUUUUAAAAAGUCAUGUGCUUGAGACAUGAAUAGUAGAUAUAGGCACCAGAAUAGUGUUUCGUAGCUUCUCAUGUAUGAUGUUGAGGCAAAGAAACAUUCUUUUUCAAAUGAUAUGUUCAUUUCACCACAAAGUGCCCAUUUUUAUAUACAUUGAGGGUUAUUUUUAAAAUAAGUUCAUGUUGGAAAGUGAUUUGAGAAAAUACUCUUGUUGGCAUCUUGACAGGCAUCUUGAGAUUUCUCAGGUUUUUCAUUUUACCGUAUUCUUUAAAGUACUUUCUUUUUUCAUCAUAUAUCUAAUAGCUUGGUGUUUAAAUUCUUGAGUAUUGUCCAUCAAUUUUUUUCUAGGGUUUCUUUCUUAUUUACUUAAUUUUUUGCAUCUCUUUGUGUAUUAAUGUUUGCCAGUUUUUGUUUUAUUUUGGUUUUUUAGAAGAAAUCUUGUAUUAAUGUUGGAAAAUGUAAUACAAAAUGUGUAUGUUCCAAAGUUAAACAGGAGCUUUUAAAAAAUAAAUUAUUUGUGUAGCUUAGUAGGAGAUUCAGGUUAGUGAACAUAAAAUUAGGUUAUGUGGUGUGAAAACUUUUCAAUGGCUAUUGUAGUGUUACUUUUCUAACUUAUGCCAAUUAGUUACUGACAGAUGUUACUGCUUAUGCUGAGGUAAAAUACUGAGUAUUUUUAGGUACUUACGAAGUUUAGUACUCUUAAAGAUUCUUUAUCUUAUGUCCAGAAAUGACUGUAAAAGCAAAGUUAAUUGAUUUCACUUCAUUGUUCAAUUGCAUUUUUAAUUUUAGGUUGGUAGAAAUAAUUAUUUGAAAAAGGCUGUGCUUAAAAUCAGUAAGACAUAAAACUCAACAGGUUAUUCUUGCCAAGUUAAGCUUUUUGGUAGUGGGCUGGGGGAGCGUUUACUUCCCUGAAUAGUAAGGUAAUACGGCUGUGUACCUGUACCGGUUUGCGUCUCAGCAUUUUCACUCCCUUCAGCCUUUCCUAAUUGCCUUCCUUAUACAAUGUAGUCUUAAGCAACUUGGUCGAGUUGCUGUGAACCUACAGUAGCAAGUCUCUAGCAUUGAGAUUUUUCUUUAGCAACUGCUUUGUAAUACAUCUAUUCUUAGUUUGUGAGAGACCAGGAUGCUACUGCGUUUGAGUGAUACAGGAGUGAAGCAAAAUCAUGGAGACGAGUAUUGCCCUCCCCCCCCCAAAAAAGAGUGUUAGUUGAACUCCCCUCGCCUACACAUAAAACAAAGGGAAUUUUAGUAAAUACAUGUUUCUUAUUUCUUUCAAAAGUAUAGAAUAUUUAUUUUCAUUCUACUACUUUGAAAAGAGGCAGUUUAGAAAGUGUUCCGUUGUGACUUCUGUAGAAAGCCAUUGCUACUUUUUCAAUACAUUGCUUGUGUUAACCUUGUUUUAAGUCGAGUAGAUUAUACCGUGGUCAUUGAACUUAAUCUCGCUUUGGUGUUAGAAAUUUACUUUACAAUAUUGUGCUAAGACCUUUGGAAAAACCAGAGUUGGUUUCAAAAAAGUUUCUAGAGACAUUAUUUUAGCUGUUACACUUUUCUUUUAAAACUACAAUAGUUUACGUAUUUGUAUUGCUCUGCUUUGGAACUGUAACUACUUAUGCUUGUCUACUAUUUUUAAUU